AAUAAACAAAACACAAAUGGAUUUGGUCGAGGGAAAGUUGUGGAUCGGGGGUUUGUCUGCAGCUCUGGAUGGCAAGCUACUACACGAUCAAGAAAUCGUUGCUAUCGUAACUGUUGAUAUUAAACCUCUGCCCCCUAACGGGAAUCUCGAUUACCUAUUUAUCCCGGCUCAUGAUGUCUGUGAACAGGAUUUACUUGGCUGUUUUCGUUCAGUCUUUGAGUUCAUUGAGAAGGGAAUUAAGCAUGGUGGUGUCCUCGUUCACUGUUUUCAUGGAGUGUCAAGGAGUGCAGCCCUAGUCAUCAGCUACCUUCAGAAUAAGCACAACAUUUCAACUGAUGAAGCACUGGCAAGACUUCAGGCAGUAAGGCCUUCAGUCAUGCCUAAUGAAGGUUUCAUGGCACAGCUCAGGCUUUAUAGAUUACUCCUACAAUUGGACAAGAUGGAUUCCACGGUCAUGAAGUGGUAUAAUUUACAGAGAACCACCAAAACACACACUCAUCGCCCAGAUAUAUUCCCAGUGGUGCCUUCCCAUGCAAGAUCAUCAUCUGCUUUAAAAUGCAGAACUUGCAGGCAUGUUCUGGCUCACGGAGAAGAUAUCUUGCAUCACAAACCUGGAGAAGAAGCUGACUGGAAAGAUCUUUCUUGGGUUCAGUUUGCUCUUUCGGAUAACGCCAGAACAGAAUCGUGUCGUCAAGCCUUUUUUGUCAUACCACCAACUUGGAUCAAUGCAAUCAAUGCGCCACAGGGGAAGCUCAACUGUCCGAAAUGUCGGAGCAAACUCGGGGCAUUCAGCUGGAACCAAAGUCUCAAAUGUCCUUGCGCCGCUUCAUUCCAACCCGCUUUCUAUUUCACACCGUCAAGAGUCGAUUUCAUCGUCAACAAGUAAUGAGACCCACCUGAUAAGCCGAUAACGAAACGAUCUCGCUCAGCAAUGGCUGCCUUGGAUUUCUCCUCGACAAAGUGAACCAGUGCGUGAACGACUUGUUCCUCUGAAUCAACUAUUUCAAUUUUUUCCAUGUUGC